AUGGCGCGGGCGGCGCCGGCUCCAGGCGGCGCCCUCGGCCUGGCCCUGGCGCUGUGGGGCUGGGUGCUGGUUCCCGCCGAGGCCAUGGACGCCAUAGGUCCUCACACAGCCGUCCGUCUGGCCGAGCUGCUGACCCCGGAGGAGUGCAGCCAUUUCCAGUCGCUCCUGAAGACCCCGGCCCCGGACGUCGAGGCCGAGCUGGCCAGGCUUUCGGAGGAUCGGUUGGCCCGGGCCGAACCGCCAGGGCCCACGUCGGGGUCGCAAGGCCGGCGGCGGCGGGGGGCGAGGGCCCUGGCGGCUGACCCCGAGGAAGUGUCCGACGGCUGCCGGGAGGGGCUGGCGGCUUGGCUGGCCGCGGAGGCCCCGGCUCUGCCCUGGGACCGCGUGGCCCGGGCCCUGCGGCGCUGCGGCCGCCCCGACGUGGCCCGGGAGCUGGGCAAGAACCUCCACCAGCAGGCGACGCUGCAGCUGCGCAAGUUCGGGCAGCGCUACCUGCCGCUCGGCCCCCCGGCCCCCGCCCCGGCCGCCCGCGCGGCCCCCGCCGCCGCCCCGCGGUCCCGCCGCGCCUCGGCCCCUGAGCCCGACUGGGACGCGUUGGAGCUGAUCGUGGAGCGGCUGCCCCAGGCACCGUACGAGCGCAGCCCUGCGGGCUGGGCCGGGCCGCUGGCGCUCGGCCUCCUCACGGGCUUCGUGGGGUCGCUGGGCGCCGGGGCGCUGCUCAUCGUGCUCACGCUGUGGAUCACCGGGGCCGAUGGCGGCCGGGUGCGGACCGGCAGCCCCGGCCCGCCCGUCACCGCCUGGCUCAGGCCAGUCGAAGCGCGCGGCGGGUGGGAGGCAAGGCCUCUCUUGACCGAAGAGCAGCUCCUGUCGCCAAGGGCCCGGGCCCAUUCCACCUGGGCUGCAGAUGGGCCCGAUCCUCCCUCACCCCCGGGCCCCUGGCUGUAA